AUGCAAUUGAACCAUGCACAUGAGGUUGCUCUCCCGCGCUAGCGUAUACGGCGGAUAUCGUUGCUUAUGCCUAUGCGCCAUGCCUUUUGGCCAACACACAUUUAGAACAUUGCUUUCCCUAAUUUCAGAGUCCACGUUUGCUGAAGAUGGCUUCGCUGUUGCCUGUGCGAUUACCACUCGUUAACUUGCCGGUUCGCUCCAGCCGCGUCGUCCCCUUUUGCGCUACAGCUUCACGCCGCAGAGCGCUAUGUGUUGCUUCGUUUCCGCGCAAUGGAUUGGUUGAGGGCCAGAAAGAACGCAGCGACGUGGAAAGGCUCAGCAUGCCUGCGCUUGCAUCGCUUAUGAGCCUCAUAAUGGCUGACGGCCCCGCAUCAGCUGAGGCUUUAGACAUGGCGAAUCCGUUCACGGGAGUCCAGUCGAAUAGCCUGUAUGUUACGCUGGCUCUCUUCCUCAUGUCAGUUCCAGGCGUAUGGUCCCUGGUUAAGAGAGCGCCGCAAGCUGCGAGGAAGCGCAUGACGUUUGAGGUGCCUGGGCCUGCGAUCGAGGGCGCCAUGCCGCUAGACGAGCGGGCAAGGCAAAUCUUUCAAUAUUUUAAGCGCUACAAUUACUCUGUAAAGGAGACGGGCGAGGUGAUUACAUUUGAGGGCAUCUACGCAGCGGACAAGGGACAAGCAGCAGCCCUUACGUUCUACAUAUUCUGUGCCAUGGCCAGCAUUGCGCUGGUGAUGUCCACGCUGGUCCCCUCCGGCGGCAACUGGUGGUACGGACUGACUGCGGUGUCGCCCGCAGCCUACCUGUACUACAUGCAGCGGGGAACACGGGCGGAGCAGUUCAAGGUUAAGAUGGUGACGUCGGAUGACGAGCGCAGUACGGAUAUCCUGGUGGAGGGGGACCGGGAGGAGAUCGAGCGGUUCUGGAAGGAGUUGGGGCUUGUGGAGAAGGGCAAGGUGUACGUGAAGGGCGUACUGCAGGCGUAGGAUAGCAGAGAGCCAGGGUAGCAGAGAGCGGCACAGCUCGAUAGUUGAGUAUUGUAUGCGGUGGAGGUUGGGUGUGUUAGGAGGGGAAAGCGAGUCCAGUUUUGCUUGGAGAAGGGGAGAGUGUGAGUGAGAAGAGUGGUAGAGUGGUGUAAGAGACCUGCUGGUUGUGUUGUGUGUGGGGUGGGUGUGGGGUAAAAAAUGGUUUUAAUUGCCGUGAGGGUUUGGUUUAGGGUACACAUGCAAGUAGAUUACAACCCCCAACCUACAGGGAGCAAUGAAAGAAGCAAUGUAGGGAUGCUCUGUUGUUCCACGCAUGAUGUGGCACUUUGGCGCGAUGGAAGUGGCUAGAAUACACGACAACAAACGAACCGAAUCAAUUGACAUUUUGGAAAUAUAUACUUCUGGCUUCUGGAACUUGACUCCUUAGGAUAUGCUCUCUGUCCUGCCUAGCCGGCCCUUGUUGCGUGUUGCGGGUGCCAUCCUUUUCCAGCGCAGACGGCCUGCGCCCUUCCAUGCUGCCGCGCAAGCCUACGCGCAUCGAAUUGAAGCCAGCAGACAAGGAAGAGUACGAGAACCUGAAAGCGCUUUUGGAGGAGCGCAAAGCAGCCAACCAAGCGGACGUAGCCUUAUCCGAUCCUUUGCAGGCGGACAAGCGGUCAACGGCGGCACGCAUCGGCCUGAACCGCAAGUAGCACCCAUGGAGGUGGAGGUUAAGAUUCGGUUACCGGAUCGUGCGGCGUACGACAAGGUCGCAGCAGCCUUGUCAGCUGCCAGCAGCAGCAGCGACAUCAGCCCGGCGGCGCCAGGAGCGGACAUCAGCAGCAGCAGCGCCGGCGGGCGUAUCGCGAGCCACGCGCAGGCCAACUACUUCUUCGACGGCCCCGCUCGCGAGCUGAACAGCCGCAAGGUGGUGCUGCGGCUGCGGACCUACAACGGGGACGAGAAGGCCACGGUGACGCUCAAGGGCCGUCAGAUCCUUGAGAACGGCAUCGGUCGCGCCUCCGAGGUGGAGUGCGAGGUGCCCCCCGCGGCCGCCGCGCGCUACCUGGCCGCCCCCUCCGACAUGCUGCGCGAGGUGGACAUUGUGCGGACCGCGGCAGACAAGUUCGGGCUGAACAGCCUGGUGGGGCUGGGCGGCUUCCGCAACCAGCGCGACUGCUUCCGCUGGCGGGGGCACACGCUGGAGCUGGACGAGACGGCAUUCGAGCACGGCACGCUGUACGAGAUCGAGUGCGAGACGGAUCGGCCGGAGGAGCUGCGGGACCAGCUGGAGGCCUUCCUGCGGCAGCUGGGUGUGUCAUACAGCUACUCGGGCACCUCCAAAUUCGCCAACUUCAUCAACAAGUCGCUGCUGUAGGGGGGAAAAAUUAUAUAAGUGAAACAACGAUUGCUGUAGGGGGGAGGUGUGGAGGGGGGAGAGAGCUGGUGUGGGUUGACAUGCCCCGGUAAGUUGUGCUUGGGGCCGAGAUGGAGGCCAGGGGUUUAGGGAGUUCAGGUGUGCUGCGGAGCGCUUGUUGGUGGUCGUAACCUUGCUCGGGUGAAAAGAUAGGUUCAGGUUUAGGUGCAGGAGGACGGAUCGCUCGGGUGCUGCGCCUGUUACUGUGGCGGGUGGGGGCAAUGUGCUGCACUGGGGGCGCAUAGUAUGGGCCUUGGAGGUCCAAGAGGAGGCGUACAAGGGAGGUACAAUCCUGGUACAACGCCGUACACUCAUGUGGCUGAGGCUGGCGGCUUGCGAUCGGCAUAGCGGUGUCUGUGGCUUCAUGUGAUACUCGUAUCCUCACUGGAGUAACUGUUCAGUAGGCAUAUCACAUGCAUGGACUUGUUGAGGCAAGUAAGGCCAUGCUGAGUGGCCGAGGUGAGGGACGUGUACGCUUCUAGCGGCUCCUGGGCGUGGUAGCCCACAUGAGCGCCGAUGGAGACAAUCCACAAUCGAAAAUUAUCCACAAUCGAAAAGGGUCGGAUAGUUGGUAGAUGCAGCACGACCAUCGUGUACCAGUCAGUACCGCCGGGAUAAUAGAACCGUAGGAUAUUGAAAGGGUUAUCAGGCAGCAGUUGUAAAGGAGCAACGCGAGGCA